CCACCUAGAGGCGCCCUUCCGCAGUGUAUAAAACGCGAGUCUGCUGCAGAGAGCUCCCAGUUGCAGGAAACCGCUCGGCGCAGAGGGAGCGAGCACACAGCGGAGCCCAGCCAGCCCGGAGGCCGUGGGACCACUCGCCUGGGAGCCAUGGAUCUGCAUCUCUUCGACUACGCGGAACCCGGCAACUUCUCCGACGUCGUGUGGCCCUGCAACAGCAGCGGCGACUGCAUCGCGGUGGACACGGUGCAGUGCCCUGGCCUGGCCAACAAGAGCAUCCUGCUCUACACGCUCGCCUUGGUCUACAUCUUCAUCUUCGUCAUUGGCAUGAUCGCCAACUCCGUGGUGGUCUGGGUGAACAUCCAGGCCAAGACCACGGGCUACGACACGCACUGCUACAUCCUGAACCUGGCCAUCGCGGACCUGUGGGUGGUCAUCACCAUCCCCGUCUGGGUGGUCAGCCUGGUGCAGCACAACCAGUGGCCCAUGGGCGAGCUCACCUGCAAGGUCACCCACCUCAUCUUCUCCAUCAACCUCUUCGGCAGCAUCUUCUUCCUCACCUGCAUGAGCGUGGACCGCUACCUGUCCGUCACCCGCUUCGCCGGCACCUCGAGCUGCCGGAAGCAGAGGGUGCGCCGUGGCGUCUGUGUCCUCGUGUGGCUGCUGGCCUUCUGCGUGUCCCUGCCCGACACCUACUACCUGAAGACCGUCACGUCCGCCUCCAACAACGAGACCUACUGCCGGUCCUUCUACCCCGAGCACAGCAUCAAGGAGUGGCUCAUAGGCAUGGAGCUGGUGUCCGUCAUCCUGGGCUUCGCCAUCCCCUUCUCUGUCAUCGCCAUCUUCUACUUCCUGCUCGCCAGAGCCAUCACGGCGUCGGGCGACCAGGAGAAGCAGAGCAGCCGCAAGAUCAUCUUCUCCUACGUGGUGGUGUUCCUGGUGUGCUGGCUGCCCUACCACGUGGUCGUGCUGCUGGACAUGUUCUCCAUCCUGCACUACCUGCCCUUCACGUGCCAGCUGGAGAACGCGCUCUUCACGGCGCUGCACGUGACACAGUGCCUGUCCCUGGUGCACUGUUGCGUGAACCCCGUGCUCUACAGCUUCAUCAACCGCAACUACAGGUACGAGCUCAUGAAGGCCUUCAUCUUCAAGUACUCGGCCAAGACGGGGCUCACCAAGCUCAUCGACGCCUCCAGGGUGUCCGAGACGGAGUAUUCGGCGCUGGAGCAGAACGCCAAGUGACCGCCGGGCCCCCGCCCGGGGCUCAGGGACUCGGAUGCUCGCGGCCCACGGGGUGGCGGCGGGCUGUUGUGGGUUUCUCGACGGAAGCGGAGCGGCUUUGCUCUCGAUGCUUGGGUGACAGGAGGAGGGAACAGGUGUCCCCGGGCAUCCAUCCCCUCUUGCUCGGGCCCACGGGCUGUCGCCUGGCUGUGCCUUCGGACAGGGUCACAGCUGGUGCACCAGAGCCACGCUCAAGCCAGCGUCAGGACUGGCCGGCCCCGGCACCUGUACAGAGUGCUGUGUUCCUGGAAUUUUUUUUUUUUUUUGGUAUGGUGAUUUGUAUUUAAGUUUUAAGACUAUUUUCUCACUAUUGGUGUACCUUAUAAAUGUAUUUGAAAGUUAAAUAUAUUUUAAAUAUUGUAUGGGAGAUACAAUGCUGACAUAUUCGGAGUGUGGUAGUUUAAGGACUGGUUUGACUUCAGUUUUGACUAAGGACGACAUUAAUUGUUAGCUGACCUGAAACUUUAUAUAUAUAUAUAAGUAUAUAUAUAUAAAUAUAUGCCAGUCCUGGCUGAAAUGUUUUAUUGACCAUAGUUUUAUAUCCGUGUGUGUGUGUGUAUGUGUGUGUGUGGUGUGUGUGUGUGCUGUAUUGCACCGGCACAGGACUUGGAACAAAAGCUGCUCUGGAAGGUGGCAGUUUGUGACGUGAACAGUAUUGUCAAGUUACAUUUUCAACGAAACAGAACUGUUCCGGGCUGCAGGUCUGUGCACGGAGGAACGGAGAGUUCUCUCGAUUUGUAAGUUAUUUUUUU